GUGGAAGGAUGGCUUCAGUGAAAAGGGGACUGAGCCUCCCUCUAUGCUCCUGCACACAUCUGCCUAAACUGUUGCAGCCUUCAGAGGAGCUCCGAGCGCGGAACCUCCUGCUGCACGACCGGCUCUCCAUCGGUGGGAAAUAAGACUAAGAGGCUCGCUGUACGCGCGGAGCUGUUCAGUCCAGACUUGGUCAGGAAAAAAAAAGGAAAGUUACGCAAGAGAAAGUGAUAUCAAUCUGGGCGGAAGCUGAAACUGUGCGAUUCUGGGCCUGACUGGAGGAGAGACAAAGGCAAAGAACAAGAAGUGAUUCCUCCCUUUUGAAGGCUUUUGUCAAAGGAAAAAAAAAAUGUCCAAGCCAAACUACUCCGGCACAUUUCACAUGGUGGAGCAGCAAAAUAUGGACGCCUACCUCGAAGCUCUAGAUGUUAAUUUUGCUUUAAGGAAGAUUGUGUGUCUGCUGAAGCCCACCAAAGAAAUCACCCACGACCCGGAGACGGGAGCCAUGAAGAUCCGCACGCUCACCACCUUCAAGAACUUCAACAUGGAUUUCACCAUCGGGAAAGAGUUCACUGAAGAUCUGGGGCCGGUGGACGGACGCACCUGUCAGACCACAGUGAGCUGGGAAGGAGACAAGCUGGUGUGUGUGCAGCGAGGAGAGAAGGAGGGACGUGGCUGGACUCACUGGCUGGAGGGCGACAAGCUGCAUUUGGAGAUGAGAGUUCAAGGCAUCGUUGCCAAGCAAGUUUUCAAAAAGGCCAACUGAAGUUACUAAACAAAUGCGCUGACGUGAAUUAUCUUUUUUGAAAGGUAGACAAAAUAAAAACGGAAUCUAAUGCUUAGUUUUUAUUCUUUGUUUUAAUCAGUGCCUUGUAAUUCAUAGUGUUAAAAAAAGGCCAGUAGGAUUUGAAAAGGUUUGUCUGUGUUGAGUGUGAUAAGAGAGCAGGAGAGCAACCAUGACCUUUUUGAAAUGCCAAACUUGUUUAUGUGCUAUAAAGAAAUCAAACAUCUGUCAGCUCCUUCAUCUGUGUCUUCAAUUAGUCACAUUUUACAUGUAAUAAAGUUUUAAUAACAUGUCAUUACAGA